UGCCAUGAUCCCACUGUAUGUCGACUGCUUCCACAGUACUCACCUCACCUUUUUUACUCUACCUUCGUCUUUGAAGCACUCUUCUUCAUUGUCGGCCUCGUCUUAUUGAAUCCUCAGCAUGCAAAACGGUUAUGGAAAAGUGCAGUAGAACACCACGCAUUCUUUCGGCUGAAGGAGCCUCGGGCGGUCAAGAAAGGACCUUUGGAACUUUUUUCGGGUUCCUCGCGUUUCCAGUAUUCCGGGCACACAUUUUUCCAGUAUCGCACAACACAAAUAGACCGACCGAGUGAUAUGCCUGGAGAUGGAAUUAUGUAUGACGAAAACGGUCGACAGAAACAUCACAGAACUGCAAGUGUACCUGCGAAUGCACAUGAAUCAUUAAGAGAUACACGUGAUAAAAAUAAGCCAAUCACAACAGCCACACGACAGCCCCCAUCUCGUUCACCAAUGAUCACAAAACAACCAAAUCCUAAACCAAUGAGCAGGCGGAUUCAACCACAGCAAGCACGACAACCAAUCAACGGGCAGAACUACUUUGAAAAUGAUGGGUCGCUAUUUGAUGGCGCGAGUUCAAGAGGGGAGGGCUCAACUAUUGGGUCUGGGAUUCGUGGAGCCGAAUAUGAGGUUAGUUUGAACGGAAUUUUGAUGAAACUCUCAAUAAUCAAUUACCAUGAGAAAACAAUAAAAUGGUGA